AUGGCAUCGACAACAGCGUACCGCCGGUACGACCUCGAGCACCAAGAGGCCGACCUCGACGUCGUCUACGCGGGCGCCCAGUCGCUGCACGCCCGCGACAUCCACAAUGAAGUGCAGAUCCAGAACCCGAUGCUCGACGACCUCAACCGCGACGUCGAGGCCGGCGCCGACGAGAUGCGCAUCCAAGCCGAGAAGGCCGCGUACGUCAAUGCCCAGCGCAAAAAGGUGUGCUGGUACUAUGGUGUCAUUGCCAUCUUGGUGGUCACCAACGUUCUUCUCUACUCGAUCUCGCCGCCCAGCUAA